UUAACCAAUUUGGAACUUUGAUUACUUUUCGUCCAAUUUCUGCUGUUUUCUCCAGAGAAUUCUCUUUUCUAGGGUUUUUUUUUUGUCCUUUUUUCAACUGGAUGAAAAGUUCAAGUCACAAAUCAUCUAUUUUUUUCCGUAAAUUUUUAUAUAUAUUUCAGUUUUCAACUCUUAGAUCUUCGGAUGUUUAACGUUAGCCUUGAUUCCUAAUGCUAUAAACUCGGAAAAUUUUUUAGUUUUGAUACAUAUUUGGUUGCUUGGAAUUUAAAUUUAACAGUUGGCGCCUCUUACAUAUUUGUUGUUCCAAAUCUGUCAAAUAAAGCAAUAAAUAUAAGAAAAGUCGAGCUUUUAUUGUUGGAACUGAAGUUUUGAGUUGAUGGCGAGGAUCAAACCCCAAGCUCUGCUACAACAAAGCAAAAAGAAGAGAGGGCCAGCUCGAAUAAGUGUUACAACAAUUAUACUAUCUAGUUUGAUUGUUGUUUUGACUGUGUUUUUUCUCUAUGCCACGUACAGACACUGGUCUCAAAGGUCAAGAAUUCAAAUAGAGAACAACAAGCAAUCAAUUUUUGAGGGUGAUGGCUCUUUCAUUGAUUCGAAGAAAUCUGAUCUCCCUGGAUAUGCUAUUUUAGAUACUGCAAAAGGCUCUAUAACAGUGGAGUUCUUCAAGGACAGUUCUCCUGAAGCUGUUGACCAAUUCCUUGAUUUAUGUCAGAGAGGGCACUUCAAUGGAAUGCUUUUUCGCCAUGUGAUAAAGCACUAUGUGAUUGAGGCUGGGAGUAGUGAUAAGCUAGGAGCUGCAGAGGACUGGACUUUGAAAGGAAAGCAUUACGGCCAACUAGAUACCAGUUUGAAGCAUGAAGCAUUCAUGCUUGGAACUUCUAAGGCAAAGCAUGAUGAUAGAGGGUUUGAGCUUUUCAUUACAACUGCGCCAAUCCCAGAUCUAAAUGAGAAGCUUAUUGUCUUCGGGAAGGUCAUUAAGGGACAGGAUGUUGUUCAGGAAAUCGAAGAGGUGGAUACAGAUGAGCAUUACCGACCUAAAUCAUCUAUAAAGAUCCACCGUGUGACUCUGAAACAAAGCAUCUAAAAUCAAGUACAAGCAAACAAGUUUUCUGCACUGCAAGUUCUGUCAUUCCAAAAAAAGUUUCAGCACCAUCAGUAAAAUGGGUCAGAAGAAUUAUAGUGCAUUCUUUUCUGAACUGCAUAUCACAUUGUGGCUGGUAUUACUCAAAUUCUAUAGGCCAAGUGUCUCUAAAUUAGUCUGGUUCCACUUUUGGUUAUCCUUUUUCACUAACCUACCUAGUAUUUUCCUUUUUUCUUUUUGGCAUUUGUUUCUAAGUCCUUUUUUAUAUGCUAAUGGACAUUGUAUUUGUACUUAUUAUAUAAUCAAGUGGAUGAGAUGUAACUCAUAUGUCCAAUAGAGAAAUUGAGAUGGUGUUUGUAC